AUGGAAAAUAAUGUAUCAACACCAAGAUCGCAAGUUAAAGUUAAGGAGGUAACCUACCUCCUUAAGUCUUCAAGAUGCAAAGAGCAAAUUCGAAUAUUGUAUGCAGGAUUAGAAAAACUUGCGCGGCUUGAGCAUGUUGAGGAAAACGAGGAAGAUGCCACGAUUUUAAAAAGUUUUACGACUUUUUUUGAAAAAGCAAAGAACAGUCAGACAAAGAAGAUAAAGCCAAAAUUUCGACAUUUAUUUGACAACGAAAUACUCGAUGGAACGUUUAACGAUCGGCACAGAGCCAUUUCGCUGUUGCAGAAACAAGAAGACAGCCCUAUCAAUGGUGAUACUAUUCUUUUACGUGCAAUGUCAAUAAAUGUAGCAAAAGAAAGCUCACACGAAGAAACACUGGACAAGAUAAUAGAGAUGCUUAUCGCCCAAUGUCCCGAGCUAAUUGUUUUUCCUAAGGACAAUUUAGCCCACAAAGGAAUAACGCCAGUGCAUCUCGCCAUUCUUAAAGAAAAUAAAGAGAUUUUGUUACACAUGGCAAAUACUCUUCAAGAAAUAGAUGAAAGGAGACUUCCACAGGAACAAAUACUUGGAAUUUGCGCCGUAGGACCUGUAUUUCAAGAUACGGUCAUGAUGGCUGGAACCCCACUUGGAGUUGCUGCACUAAAGUUCAAUAGAGAGAUUUUUGCUUUGGUAUUUGAACGCUUUUCUUCAGGUCUGGAUGUUACAAACGAUAAAGGUGACAACAUUGUUCAUUCUCUGAUCAAGUAUGCUUACGUACAGCCAGACAAACUCAAUGAUGUUCUUGAAAUGCUGAGCUACGUGUUACAAUGUGAAUUCAUGACUGAAAUUCAUGAAAAGAAGGAAUUUGAAAUGUGGAAAAUUAGAAAACAGGCACGAAAAUUGCUGAUGAUGACGAACAAAGAAAAACUGAAUCCCUUGCAACUGGCCGCCAAAAGACAGCAGUUUCGUAUUUUUGAAUUUAUCAUGCAAACCGAAGUCUACCGCUCAAGAGAAUCUGGCGAUGGUCUCUUCAAUGGAGAGGUUUAUGACAUCACUGAAAUAGAAACCCUGAACCUAGAAGAAGUUGCCGAAACAGAUGAAGAACAAAUCAAACUAGACCACCAUGAAUCAGUCAUGGAGUAUCUUGUCCAUCAUCAAACAAACAACGCUUUCCUAUUCGCAGACUUCGUACCUGUGAAAGAAGUGAUCAGGGAAAAAUGGAAGAGUUAUAAAUGGUGGUUUUUGGGAUGGUUGUUAUUCAUCUAAUUCUGAUGGUCCUUCUUUCUGUCGCUGCAGUCUACAG